UUCACAGAGGUAAGCCAAACGUACAAAACCCAAAAAAAAACCGAAAGAGGGAAAACGAACGCAACCACCGGUGAGAAAAAGAAAUGGAAGUAGAAGUGGACGAGAAGGAACUCAAAGCCGCCGGCGCUGAACCCUUGCCCGACGGCCGCCGCGGUCUCCGCAUCCACGGCUGGGAGAUCGAAACUCGCAAGCUCUCCAUUCUCACCUCCUCCAACCUCCAGCUGUGGGAAGAAAAGCUUCAGACUUCUCACUUGCCAGAGAUGGUUUUCGGGGAGAGUUGUUUAAUUCUUAAACAUGUGGAUAGUGGCACCAAAAUUCAUUUUAAUGCAUUCGAUGCUCUAACUGGCUGGAAGCAGGAGGCGUUGCGGCCAGUUGAGGUCCCUGCAGCUGCAAAAUGGAAAUUCAGAAGCAAACCCUCUGAACAGGUGAUACUGGACUAUGACUAUACAUUCACAACACCAUAUUGUGGAAGUGAAACAAUUGAGAUAGAUACAGAGAAGCAUGGAAGAGAGGAAAUCUCUCAGGGGACAUAUGGUCUCCACUGGGAUAACUGUGAGGAGAAAAUUGACGUGGUUUCACUAGCAUCGAAAGAGCCUAUUCUCUUCUAUGAUGAGGUAGUCUUGUAUGAAGAUGAAUUGGCUGAUAAUGGAGUAUCGCUCUUAACUGUAAAAGUGAGAGUCAUGCCAAGUUGUUGGUUUCUUCUCUUACGAUUCUGGCUUAGAGUGGAUGGAGUGCUUAUGAGAUUAAGGGACACUCGUAUGCAUUGCGUCUUUGGAGUUGGUGAAAAUCCCAUUAUCCUUAGAGAAAGUUGCUGGAGAGAAGCGACAUUUCAAGUUCUAUCUUCUAAAGGACACCCUUCGGAUUCUGCUGCCUAUAGUGAUCCAAGCAUCAUCAGCCAGAGGCUUCCUGUCACCAUGCACAAGACCCAAAAGCUUAAAAUUCCUGGUAAUUUGUAAGGUGAUAAUUGUCUUCAUACAAAGAGGACUCAAUUGUUUCCUUUGUGGUGGUUGUAGAGAAUUUAAACAUCCUAAACUCUGAUACAUAUUCUUGUUGCUUAUUCUCUCAUGCUUUAUUUAUUUAUUGUUAUGUUCACCAAAUUUACACAAA